GAACACUUCCCGACGGCCCUAUUUACGCUAUGGGAAAGGAAUGACAUUUGACUAUCUCACUCAGCGUGAUAUACGGAUUACAAACGGGGAUCAAUAUCGGUUUGUGACUCUACAAAUCUGAACAAACGAGUAAACCAAUAUCUAGUGAGACACCAUCUCUUGCAAUAACUACAGUGAAACUACAAAAUGGAGAAAGAUCCUAAUGGACCACCUGCAGCAGACUGUCCGUCACUAAAUUAUCAGCAACAGAGAGAGGACCGUCAAAAAUCAGGUUGGACGCUCUCCGAAACUCGUGCAAUGCUUCCGCAGAAUCCUGGUUACCCCCCAGCACCACAAGCAGGCUAUGUGCAGCAAGGACCGCCUGGAUAUGGUGCACCACCAGCGGGAGCACCCGGAUACGUUGGACAGCCAGGAGCACCUGGAUACGCUGGACAGCCAGGAGCACCUGGAUACGGUGGACAGCCAUACGGUGGACAGCUAACAUAUGUUGUUGCCCACCAGAAUCUUCAGCCAGUUACUCAAUUGAACAUUAUCAGGAACAGGCCAAAUAACUAUCUUGUACUUGCUAUAUGCGUAGCUCUCUGCUGCUGUAUGCCAUUCGGAAUCAUUGGCAUCGUUUACAGCAUAGAUAGUUCCAGGAAGUUCGACCGAGGUGAUGUAGCUGGUUCAGAAUCGUCGGCCAAUUCGGCAAGGGGCUGGUCAAUUUCCGGGCUAGUGUGUGGUAUUAUCUGGAUAACUAUUUACAUCAUUUUCCAAGUGACAUAUUUUGCAUCGUCAUCCUAUGAUUAUGAUGAUUAUAACUCUUCUUAUUAGGCAGAUUAUUUUUUUUUUUUGCAUACCUUCCAGUUCCAGUUAAAGCUCAAAUAACGUUUGAUUUUAGCAGAAAUAUUGCCUAAAGUUUAUAACAAAUGUAUGGUGACAGUUUUUAAAGCAAUUAAAAUAACACCUAAAUUAGCAACUUACAAGGGGCGUAGCAGAAUGAUUCUUUACACUUCUGUGAGAGUAAAUAAGGAUGGGAAAAAUGUUGUAUUCAUUACCAACCAAAAUAGAUCGGGGUCCAAUCUUAAAAAAGUUUUUAGAUCAUGUUGGCAGUUUUACCAUUUUUUUUUUUUUACAUAUUCAUUUAUACUUAGGCGAGAAUAUUUUUAUGCCUUGUUUAGCAAACAAAGAUAAGAUAUGUAUAUUUCUUCCUAAUUAUAUAAAUUUGAAGCUUUUAACCAUCCUAUUUUACAUUCACCAAUAAAAUUUUAUUUUUAUUUUCUCCUCUAUCUGGAUGAUUUAGGCAAAACUAUUUGCUAAAUAAGAAAACAAAAUUUUAUUUUUAUUUUUAUUCUGCCCUCCUCCGAUAAUCUUUAAAUAAAUAAGUAUGCGAAACAAGGAAUGAAAAAAGUCUCGCCCUACUGUUUGCUCAGUUUAUAAUAUAGUGACUUUUAAAAAAAUAUCUAUUUACUAGUUUAUAAUUACCGAGCAUGUAUUUUUUGCACUGUUUUAGAUGUUAUCAUUUUAAAGUUGUUAUGUGAGUCUGUGUAAGACUAAGACAAUAUAGAAUAGGGAUAAUUUUAUUAGGACAACAUGUAUUGUUUUAGUAUUGAUAUAUCGAUAAGCUCUUAUCAGAUUUUAUGUGACAAAUGUUAAGAUAUGCCCAUAUUUGGUAGAAAUAUGACAUCAUCAUACCCAUGGACACAAAUUUGUCAAAUAAGCUUUGAUAGUGUAGAUUCCUGUAUUACCUCUAUGUUUAUAGAUUGCAAUACAAUUUGCAAUAUAAACACUUCUAAAAGUCUAUCAAAAAAUGAUAGAUACAGAAAUCAUAACAAAAAUCCAAACUAAGGGGUUGUCUUAUACGUGGAUCUUCUUAUGUGCGAGCGGUAGACUGUUUUCCAUGUACAGUAUAUCAUAAUUAGCAAUUGCUAAUGGAAGGAUGAUAGAAGUUUUACAGUUUUCCGAUUUUUAUGCAACAACUGUUUAUUGGGAAAAAUCCUAUGGUGAUUGGAUUUGGGAUUUCUUUUUACAAAUUUUGAUAGUACCUUUGAUUUGCUGAACUUUAAAUCUAAAAAUUCUUUGAAAGAAUUAAUAAAUAUUAUCAUGAUGCUUCAAAAUAAGUAAUGCAGUUGAAUUAUACUGUAAGGGUUUUUUAGGGAUAUUGUGAGCUUUUAAAAAAGCCAAUAAGAAAACAAUAUGCCCAUUUUUCUUACUCAGUGCAAUAUAUUACCCAGGUCAUAUAUUAAAUAGUUUUUGGAGAAGUUUUUUUAUAUACAGUAUACAUGUGAAGCUCCUGUCCAGAUUAUCAUUAUUUGACAAAAACAUGUGACAUACCUAAAUAUGGUCAUGAUGACAUCACACUAUCACCCUAUAUAGGCACAUCAUGACUAUAUAUAGGCACGUCAUUACUAUAUAUAGGUAUAUAACAGUUUUUUGUCAAAGAAAAUUUGAUAAUAUGGACCAACUUUUUAGAUUACAGUAAUAAAUCUUGUUUUAUGUAACUCAGAAUAUAUAUUAUCCACUGAUAGCUUACCUAGUGAGUACACAUUAAUUAAUAAAGGACAUUCAAAAAUGUUA